AACCCCGCCGUACAUAUACUUCGUCAUGGGUUGGGUACGAUCGGGGUUGUUACCUGGCUGUUGCUUGGUGGAAGAGAUUUGAGAGACAGCGAAAUGGCUCAGAUUAGAGAUUUAGAUGACGUUGUGGGCCAGUUUUUAUCAUCUAUGUCAGACUUUCUAUCGGACGCCGUCACGGGGAGUGGCGUUCGUUUAGAAUGUGUAUUGUCUGGUAAAAAUUCCAGUGACGUAAUAUCAUUGUUGUCAACGUAUGGAUCCCGGAUGGUCCAAUUUUGUUUAUCAGAAAAUUUAUUGUUAUAUUCAUCCAAAAAUUGGCCAUAUUAUAUUGACUCGAGAAUAACUGCCAUUCUUCGAAAACUGAAGGAGGCCAUAGACAUUGCUCAUACAGUAAAACUGGAUAGAAACGUUUUGGCUGAUAUUUAUGAUUUUGAAUUAAUUUUGAGAUUUCACGUAUUCGGGGAAUCUCAGUUUUUGGAUUCCAACCGAUUAUCGGUAUUGUUUCCCUGUAGGCAGAUUGUACCGGGCCGUCGUCGGAAGAGUCGACGCGACGACGACGGCUUUGUCCGGUAUAAUCCAUCUGCAGUUGGUUUUAAUAUACAAUUCCAUCAAAUAAAUUUGUUUGGGCAUGUGCCCAUCGGGCCCUAUGUUAGGAAGGAUUUAACAAGAUCAUUUGGUAUCGUGACUGCCGAUGUCCUGUCCUGUUGCCCAUUCGAAGUUAGUUGGGUCGUUUCAAUUGUUUGAAUCUUUUUUGUCUUUUUUUGCUUCUAUUUUCAGGCCGCUGAACAUUGGAUAAUUUUAUUGUACAACAUAGUAUCCAGGGAUUGUGGCAUGGCACCGGCCGUAAAUUUAUCCCAAUGUUUUAUGAUUAAAAAGUUAGUCAGAGAGUAUGGUGAAUUAUCGGAUAGUACAAUAGGUUCCCUGUCUAUAGGAGGAAAUAUCUCAGCUGAAGAUUUGUACUCCAGAUUAACUAUUCCCCAUUCGUACCGUUUAUACAUAAUAAAAGCACUAUUUUUAAAGAGAGGAGAUUUUAAUUUGGUAAAGUUAAAUUUAGCACAAAUUGUUAAAAAACUUGAAGUUAUACCAGUG